CAUUUUCCUCUCCUUCGUAAUGGCAGCAGCAGAAACAGAGUAAGGCGUCCUGUUUGGGAGAGGAUCUCUGCCAGGUUUGUAACAAGCAGCAACAGAGUGAGAGAUCGCGGAGCUGGAAGGAGGACCGAUCCUGGAAAUAUUUCUGGAAAAACGUUUGGAAAUAAGAUUUUCUGAUCGCUCCCAGCCGUCCCCGGCUCUGGAUUUAUCUAUCUGGAUUGUUUGGAAGAGAAUCCUGGAAUCAUUUGGGAAUAAAGACUAAAGAGAUCAAUAUAAAGACCGGCUGCCUUCAGACUACAUUUCCCAUGGGGCCGUGCUCAGUCCUGCUCUCUGCUGCAUCAUGGAGCCUCCAGUCAGGGUUUCGGACCUACAGAACCAGUGAGACCCAGCAGAACCUGAGCUGUUGAUUCUUCUGGAUCCAGUCGUCCCCCUCCCCCACCUGCUGCUGCUGCCGACCCGUCCUGCUGUGAACCGAUCAGAACCAGCAUCUCUGGAAGCAAAGCUGCUGCUGUGUGGUUCUGGACCCGGUUCUGGCUGCAGGAUGGCGGUUCUGACCCGUCUGCUUGCUGCUCUCCUGCUGGCUCUCAGAACCCAUGCUGCAGGUCAGAACCCGGACCAUGUUCUGCUGGGGACCGGCGUGAACCCGGAGGCCCGGCGACCCGGAGAGGACUCCACCAUCGCCCCCGAGGAUCUGCCCCGCUUCCUCAGCUGCUACUGCUCUGGACACUGUCCUGAUGAUGCCAUCAACAACACCUGCCGAACCAACGGUCAGUGCUUCGCCAUCAUUGAGGAAGAUGAUAACGGAGAGAUCCAGCUCGCCUCCGGCUGCAUGAAGUACGAAGGCUCCCACUUCCAGUGCAAGGACUCUCCCAACGCUCUGCCCAGGAGGACCAUCGAGUGCUGCAACACAGACUUCUGCAACGAGGACCUGAGGCCCACGCUGCCGCCGCGGGUCUCCACCGGUAGGUGGGCCGCCGGGUCGGGUUCUGCAGAACCCGACCCGGCUCUGACCCACCUGUCUGUCUGUGCAGAGAGCAGCUCUCAUUGGCUGGCCUUCAUCAUCUCCAUGACGAUCUGCUGCUGCACCCUGAUCUGCCUCUCCAUCGUCUUCUACUACAGGUACAAGUGGCAGACGGAGCGGGAACGUUACCCCAAAGACCUGGAGCAGGAAGUCUUCAUCCGAGGAGGAGAAUCCCUCAAAGACCUGAUCCACCAGUCUCAGAGCUCCGGCAGCGGCUCAGGGCUCCCCCUGCUGGUAGGAAGCAGAACGACACUCACCUUCAGCAUUACACCCACAGCCAGGUUCUGCUUUCAGCUGCUUGGUGGGCUGGAUCAGAACCAGAUGGAACUGCUUUGUUUUGUUCUGUUACAUCCCGGUCCACUAGGGGGCGUUGUCAUGCCAGGAGCUGUUUUCAGGAAUGAGUCGGCCGUUCUGGUCCUGGUUUAUCAGAGUUCAUCAAACUUUUUCAGGCUGAAACCACUGAACCAUUUCACAAACACUCAUAUAAAACACAACCUCUUCAUAUGUCUGACUUUAAAACGUCUCUUGAGUCACUGUUUGCUGUCCAAAAUGUCCUGAGCCGACUCAGAUUCU